AUGCCCAAAGGUGAAAAGAAGGAAAUAAAAUUGGAAAGUGCCAUUAAUAUAAGUGAUGAUGAUGAGGAAAUAAAAUAUGUUCAAGCUCCCGAAACAUCAUGCCCCACUUGUUUCAGAAUGUUUCCAUUUGACAAAAUUGAGGCUCAUGCAGAUAUCUGCGUAGAUAGUCACAUUGACCCUAUUGGAUAUGUAUUAGAUGAUAAUUUGGAAGAAAUAUGGAAUGAUUCUCCUGAAAAAUCUACUGAUGGGGAUGAGGUUGAGAAUACAAGUCCUGACAUUAUGAUGGAAAAAAUGAAAGCUCUGGUAGCUGAACUUGCUGAAAAUGUCCAGCCUGUCAAAAUCAGAAUAAGCGUUAGACGAAAGUCGGUGUUUACAGACUAUUUGGAAACAGCUAAGAAGCCAUGGUUCAAUAGUAGUCAGAUGCUCAAAGUAACCUUCAUUGGCGAACCUGCGGUUGAUGAUGGUGGGCCUUGUCAGGUGCUGCAAAGUAUUGAACGAGAGCUUUUUGAAAACGGCAUGCCAUCACCAGACAUGACAGCUCUUGGCAGCAACAAAUUCAAGUUGGCAGGUGAACUGAUGGCUGGCUCUAUCGUGCAAGGUGGGCCAGCACCAUGUUUUCUUUCAGAGGAAGCUUAUGCAUAUUUGGUUGAAGGUAUUUCAAAUAUUACAACUGAUGGGUGGGUGCCUCAAAUAAAAGAUAAGAAGCUGAUAGACGCUAUAAGUCAGGUAACAACUUGUAACAACUAA